AUGGCAGAGUGUCUUCCCUCUUCAUCGGAUCUGAGGGCAGAACGUACCCUCGCAGAAAUCAACCAGGAGCUUCAGUUGCAGCUGGAAAAGUACAAGCAGGACUUCAGAGACCUCACAGAGAAAUUCCUCAUAUCCCAAGCGACUGCUUACUCCCUGGCCAACCAUCUGCAGAAAUACAAGUGUGACGCAUGUAAGGACAUCGUUGAAUCCGUGCUGGGGGAGAAGCUGCCGGGUGAGGCGCGGAGGCCAGCAGAGAAGCUGGCAGAGAAGCCAACGCUUGACGAAAGGUUGAGAACAUGUGACAUCCUAAUUCGAAGUCAGGCACGAGAGCUGACCCAGCUACGGCAGACACUACAGAACGGGAAAGAUGACUCUGCCCUGCUCAAGCAGCACCUCAAGGACCUCCUCACCCACAGUGACCUGGACAAGCACCAGAGACAGGGCUUCCGAGAGAGCCUGUCUGAGGGAUACCGCUUGGCAGAGCGCCUUGCCUGCAAGCUCAGCCCAGAAAUCGAUGAAGAUGAAGAUGACGAACAAGCACAAGAAACACCAACCCCCAGUGUGAACGUGCAGGAUGUGGAAAAGACGGUGGUGUUCCCACAUUCCCAGGAUGAAUGUCUUUCAGUAGCUUCCACUCCCCAGGAAGGUUCUGCCUGCAACCAGCCUUACAAUGAUGGGGAAGUUGCAUUUGAUGAAGAGAAUGUGAAGUCUGCCGUGGAUGGAGCCUGUGGUUGCCCUCAGGCUGAAGAGGAUGAAAUUCCAACUGGUCUCACAGAGAAUGAAAAUGAUCGCAAGCAAGUGAGUGGACAAGAGCUCACAUUUCCCAGUGUGAACGUGCAGGAUGUGGAAAAGACGGUGGUGUUCCCACAUUCCCAGGAUGAAUGUCUUUCAGUAGCUUCCACUCCCCAGGAAGGUUCUGCCUGCAACCAGCCUUACAAUGAUGGGGAAGUUGCAUUUGAUGAAGAGAAUGUGAAGUCUGCCGUGGAUGGAGCCUGUGGUUGCCCUCAGGCUGAAGAGGAUGAAAUUCCAACUGGUCUCACAGAAAAGCAGAAUGAUCAUGAUGACCUGAAAGGACCGGAGGUGGUUGCCCCGAGCGUGAACCUGCAUGAUGUCGCAAAGAAUGAGGUACUUCAGCAAUCCCAAGAUGAAUGUGUUUCAGAACCUUCAGUUGUCCAGGAAGAUUCUACCUGCAACCAGCCUUACAGGAAUGGAAAAUCUGCAUAUGAUGAAGAGAAAGUGGGGUUUGCUCUGGAUGGAGCCUGCGGUUGCUCCCAUGCUAAAGAGGAUGAAAUGCUAAUUGAUCUCCCAGAAAACCAGAACGAUCACGAUGACCUAAAAGGACCAAAGGCUCUUGCCCUGAGGUUGGGCAGACAGUUGCCACAGAUGAGAGAGAAUGGUGUGCCUCAGGACUCUCUGAAUGACUAUUAUCUGACUUACUCGGUUCUUCCUAGCCUGUCAGACUCCUUCCGGCCUUAUAGGAGCACUGCCAUCUUCUCACUUGAGGACGUGGAUGUCUCUUAUGCUCGGGAUGUAACCAAAAAUCUUGCUGAUCUUGAGGACGAGGAAAAUCAAGACAUCAUCUGUUCUAGGUAA